UGGAAACACUUGGAUGCCACUCAGCAAGCCCUGUACAGGGAUGUGAUGCUGGAAAACUAUGGGAAUCUGGUGUCUGUGGGACUUCUCUCUUCCAAACCCAAACUAAUCACCCAGUUGGAGCAAGGGGCAGAGCCAUGGAUGGAAGUAAAACAGAUUCCAUCAGAUACUUGUUCUGUCCAGGAGUACUGGUUUGAAACAAAGAUGUCCCCCCUAAAGCAACAUACUUCUGAAGGAUCUGAUCUGGGAGAGCAAACAAAAAGUGACGUGAUGGAAAGAGGCCUGGACUGGGAGGGCAGAAGUUCCACAGAGAAGACACAUUAUAAAUGUGAGGAAUGUGGGAAAGUCUUCAAAUAUAAUUCCUCCUUUAUUAGCCACCAGAGAAAUCAUACUGGUGAGAAACCCCAUAAAUGUAAUGAAUGUGGCAUAGCCUUUAUGAGCAGUUCAUCUCUUUUAAAUCAUCUUAAAAUUCACACAGGCAAGCAGCCUUAUAGAUGUAUUGAAUGUGGGAAAUUCCUUAAGAAGCACUCAACAUUUGUUAAUCAUCAGAAAAUUCAUUCUAGAGAGAAACCUCAUAAAUGUAAUGAAUGUGGAAAAGCUUUUGGAAAGAACUCUAUCCUUUUACGUCAUCAGAGAAUUCAUACUGGUCAGAAACCCUACAAAUGUAAUGACUGUGGGAAAGCCUUUGCUCAGAAUGUAGCCCUUACUCGUCAUGAGAGAAUACAUAGCGGAGAGAAGCCUUUUAAAUGUAAUGUAUGUGGGAAAACUUUUAGGGAUAACUCAACUGUGUUGGAACAUUUGAAAAUCCAUACUGGUGAAAAACCAUAUUGGUGUAAUGAAUGUGGAAAAACCUUUAGGAAGAGCUCAACUCUUGUUAGUCAUCAAAGAAUGCAUACAGGAGAGAAACCCUAUCACUGCAGUAAAUGUGGAAAAUCUUUUAGGUAUAGCUCAUCCUUUGCUGGACAUCAGAAAACUCAUAGUGGAAAUAAACCCUAUCAAUGUAAUGACUGUGGGAAAGUCUUUACAAAGAGCUCAACCCUUAUUGGACAUCAGAGAAUUCAUACUGGAGGAAAGCCCUAUUACUGUAAGAAAUGUGGGAAAUCCUUCAGGCAUAGCUCUGGCCUUGUUGAACAUCAGAGAAUCCAUACUGGAGAAAAACCUUAUGAAUCUAAUGUAUGUGGGAAGGCUUUUCCCCAGAGUUCAGCCCUUAAACAACAUAAGAAAAUGCAUAACGAAGAAAGAGCCAUCAAAUGUAGUUAG